CUGGUACUAUAUCAGCAAUCUUAUUUUCCAACUUUAUUAGUAUAAUCAAGAUUCAGAAUAAGGGAGCUAAGCUUGGUACAAUGACACCAAUGGAUCAGGUCUUGUGGAGAACCAACUUGCUUGAGGCUACUCUCAUGGUUGUUUUUGUUGAAGAUAGGACUCUGUACACCGGGAUGUGGAUAUGCACCACAGUAUUCUUCCAUUCCGGGACCAGCUUGAAUGAAAUUAUCCCGGUCAAACCCUGUCGUCCAGCUCCUCGCGUAGGGCAUGUCAUUACCGAGGUGAUGCCUAGGUACGGGCCGAAAAGGCAGCUUCCUCCACGCCCAUAACUGAAAGCGAUAUUAGAAAAUACGAUUUUUUAGUCGUCAUUUCAAGAGGUUUGUUUACAUUAAAGGAACACACACUUAAAAUAUUACCUGGAGAAGAGCAAAAAAUUCCACACACAUCUCUGAUAUGGCCAAUAAACGCUCGGCAUAGACAUCGGUAGAGGUACGCCAAAACAGCACUGCCCCAACUGUAAUCUCCCAAGCGGUCCAGAUGCUCCAAGAAGAUCAAAUAUCGUAAGCUGACAUGGGCACUAGAUGUGUUCGGGAACAAGAUGCCCCCGAAUAUAAUGAGCAGAUACAAACGGGUAUGACAAUCAACAACGUCCUGAGGAGUGCCGUCAUCAAUAGGAGGUUUUGCGAGCAAAUAAGUGCAGAGUGCACUAAUCUGCACCCGACUCUGUCCCGAGAAACGGGCCGUGGGACUAGGCACGAAGUGGGUGAGCCUAAUCAACUCCGACACCCAUGUCCUACCCGGAGGAGGCUCGUACUGACUGUAUAAUGACUCUUCAUCUACCCGCAAUCCAAACAAGACCUCGACAUCCUGAAGUGAUCGUGGCUUCACCGGCGCGUAGAUGGAAGGGUUUUUGCUGUUUCUUGGAUUCUUAAUUGAUCGUAUGCACCAUUACCUUCGGAAACUGAUAGUAUUGAGGAAUACUGCGGGAUCUUCAAAGAAAGAAUUUGAAAGGCUUGAGAAAGAAAAGGCGCAGCUUAAGGAGAAGGCAGAUAAAGCUGCUGAGGAAAUGAAACUAUCGCAGAAAGAAAUCUCUAGUUUAAAAGAGACAUUGAAGAAGGUUAAGUUGGAGUCGGAGGAGACAGACAAACGAGUUGAAACUGCGGAAGCUUAUGUUGCUGCUCUCCAAAAACAAGCAGCAGAUCUACUUUUAGAAUAUGAUCGUCUAUUAGAAGACAAUCAAAAUCUUCAGAAUCAAGCUCAUGGUUAUCGGAGUUGAGAAAAUAGACACAACCCAUUGGUUCAAAUCACUACCCUGUAACGUUUUUAUAACUGGCUGUGUUGACUGAAGAUUUUGUGCUCGUAUGUCUUGGCCCUUCUUUUAGCAGAAGGGAUUUUGGGAAUGUUGUUAAUUAUUGAGAUCUUGUAAUAUUGUUUUUCAGGUAUAGACAUUGUUAAAUUCACGGCCUUUUGGCGUCCGGCCUAUCAAUGUGUCUUUUCUUUAUUCUUAACUCAA